AUGUCGCGCGCUGUCUCCCUCCUCGCGCGGGCGCCGACGUGGGUCUCUUCCGCGCUGUCGCGCCGCGGCGUCGCGUCCUCGACGUCCGCUUCCGCGUCCUCCUCGGCGUCGUCCUCCGCGGUGGACGGCAGCGUGAAGACGUACGAAGUCUCCGGCGUCGGCAUCCGGACCGGAUGCGCCGUCACCGCUCGAAACCACUCCAUCGCCACGGACGUCCCCGCGUCGAUGGGAGGCCAGGACGCCGCGCCGCAGCCGGUGGAGCUCCUCGUCGCCGCGCUCAUCGGGUGCGAGCAAGCGACCGCGGCGUACGUCGCCAGGCACAUGUCCCCGCGGAUGAAGCUCAAAGGGAUUCACUUCGAGUACGUCGCCUCCAGGGACGACCGCGGGGCGACGGCGCUGCCGAUCGAUAAGACGCCCCCGUGCGACGCGAAGCUCGCGCGCGUGACCGGCACCGCGAUCGUGCACUUGGGGCUGAGCGAAGACGCGCACGGCGCGAGCACGAUCGCGCGGCGCGUAGAGGAGCUGAAGCGCGCGGUCGAGAGCAGGUGCCCGGUCGCGAAUACGCUCAAGGCGGCGGGGACGGAGCUCGACGUGACGUGGCGAGUGGCGAUACCCGAGCACGACCCGCCGCUGCCGGGGAUGCGACGAUGA